UCGGCUCGCGGAGAAGGUUUUACGUGUACGUUUUUCAACGUGAACUUGGUCGUUCAGUAACGGAUUACUACUCGUGUUGGUGUGUCGCGUUAACGUUGGUUCUCAAAAACGUAGCCCAGUUACGUAUUAUACGUAAAAUUUUCCCUUCUAAACAAUAAAAUUUUUUCCCUAUUUAAAUUUUUUUCUUAUACUUACCUACAAAAAAAAUAAAGAUAUUAAAAUGAUAAAUUUUUUCCAAAAAAAAUUCUCCCGAAUGCGGCGCGCUAAUGAAACGCGAUAAAUUUUGUAUUUUACGAUCAGUGUCGCGAUCGCGUGCUAUACAGUGAAUGAUUGAAGUUUUUCUCAAUUCGAAAUGGUAAAAAUUUUGCAAAAUGGUGUAAACUUGCGGUAUACGAAGCAGCAUCUUCAGCAUCAGAUCCUCCUCUGCACCGAUGACGAGUUAUUCAGCGUGGCGAAAAUUUGAUAGCCGGAAUUUCCCCAGCAUCGUCGUCGUGGCGUCUACAAUGCGGCGUUAUCUGGCGAAUAGCGUUAUCUUGAAGACUCGAAAAAUCAUCAGCUUCUUGAAUUGCACCAUUAUGGUCUCGGUUAUGACGAUAAUCUGUAAUUCGAUGCCAGCCUGCUCCGUUGACAACUUAGGGUUAUUGAUGAAUACGCUAAUGACGCAUCAACAGAUCAGCUGCAUCGAUCGUCCGAUAUCGUUACGAUGCCCGCCAGGUACCAACGUCAUCAUCAAAGUUGCUCGAUACGCGAACGCUUCGCCCGGAAAAGAUUCGCCUGUUUGUGACGCACCCAACGUGAUCAAAAGCUCUUCCUACGACACCAAGCAAACCAACUGCGAAUGGCCGAGUGCUCUGCAAUAUUCGUUGUUACAAACGGCGGUUGAAGUAUGUCGGUCGAAGGAACAGUGUCAGUUUCAAGUAUCGUUGGGUAAAUUCGGCGUCGAGCCGUGUCCAGGCUCUCAAGCGCAAGUUGAAGUAGAAUACAAUUGUCGACCGUAUUCGUUUAGUAGUAAAGUUGGCUGUGAACAUGAAAAAGUUAAUUUCGAAUGCGAACCGAAUACCAGACUGGCGAUAUAUUCGGCGAGUUACGGUCGCACUCAGUAUCAAAGUGUUCAGUGUCCUCAACCGCAAGGAGUGGCCGAAGAAACUUGUUUGCUAAGUUAUGCGACUGAAAUCGUAAUAGAACACUGUCACGGAAAAAGGAACUGUACUUUGGUCGCAGAUUCCAAAACGUUUACCAAUCCUUGCAAAGAAAAGUCCAGAGUGUACCUGAAGGUGGUUUAUGCGUGUGUUCCUCGUAAAGUUCUGCUACAAAAGUUCGAAGAAGGGCCGGAUCAAGACGAGUAUCCGAUCGAAGAAGUCGAUCAACACGAUAUCCUCGAUAAUCCGGAGUCAUUAGCACCUUCGCCAGAUAUCGCAGGUCGUAGAAGAUACAACGAAAGCAAUAGCAGUGCUAUACUUUUACAACAUCCUGCCUCAAAUAGUGUUCAUAAUACUACGUUUACCGCGAAUAAAGAAAAAAUGUACAUAUAUUUAGUAGGUAGCGUUAGCGGAAUAGUAAUCUCAUUAGUAAUAUUUGUAAUCGUGCGUGUGAUAUGGUCGCGGAAAAGGUCGAAUGGCGGCGAUAAAUACCAAGAAAAUGCGGCCGGAAAUACGACGCUGCCGCAUUCGUUUAACGACGAAAUCAGCGAAGUUGACGCCGACAUAACGCUGGCGGAAGUUAUGCCUCCGGUUACCAUCAUUCCGAGCCUGCAUCACAUAUCACCGCCUGGUGAAGUCGUCAGAUACGGCAAAGACGGUAUCACGCCAAGAAGUCUGUGUCAAAACGAUAAUAAUCAGUAUUAUUACGGCUGACGAUCACCUAGUGGAGCGGCAGUCAGUCGUUCCACGAUUUCUGCUCACGAAUCGGACGAAUCUACGUGCUCGAAUUCGCGCACUUAUUGUUUUUAAUGAAAAUUUUACCUUUGUUUUAUUAUCUAUUUUAAAGAAAAUUUGUUUCAUUUGUACCUCACUCCCCUCCCCCGCCCCCGCCCCUCCCCACUCCCCACCUCCUCGUUGUGUACCAACAACCAACUCAUAUAUCGUAAAUCUUUUUUUCUUCUUGUGUAUUUAUUUUACUGUUACGUCGAACGAGCUUUAUAAUUAAUUUUUUAUUUGUUGUAAAGUGUAUCUACCUAAUUUGAAAACUAAAGGAAGAAAAAAUAAAUGUACAGUAUUUUGUAUUAUUCUUUUUAUUAAAGAUUUUUUUUGUUUUCAAUCAAUAACUUAGAUAACAUUGUACAAUUUAAAUAAAAAGAAAGAAAGAAAGAAA